CUCAUAGCAACCAUCAGACUCAAACCCAUAACCACACCAGAAAUGUUUGCAGACAAUUAUCACUUAAAUGAGCAAACUAUCUACCACUACCUUUUUACCAACAAUUUUUUGUGGGAAAUUUUCAUUAUAGUUGUAUUGAUAUGGAGUAUGGAUCCCGUGGACAUGUAAAACAUCUACCAAGAGCUAAGGUUGGUACUAACCUUGGAUGUAUAGUUAUAGUUAUUUUCUUUUGUUUUCAGGCCCUUUUACUCAGAGAGUUCUGCUGACUCUGGAGGAGAAGCUUCUUCCUUAUGAUCUGAAGUUAGUUGAUAUUGGUAACAAGCCAGAAUGGUUUUUAAGUAUUAACCCAGAAGGUAAAGUUCCAGUAGUGAAGCUAGAUGAUAAAUGGAUAGCAGAUUCAGAUGUUAUUACACAGUCAGUGGAGGAGAAGUUCCCUAACCCAUCAUUGGUGACUCCACCUGAUAAAGCUUCUGUUGGGUCAAAGAUCUUUUCCACAUAUAUUGGCUUCCUGAAAAGCAAAGACCCAGCUGAUGGAACAGAGCAAGCAUUACUGAAUGAGUUGUCUGCUUUCAAUGAUUAUAUAAAAGAAAAUGGCCCAUUUAUCAAUGGAAAGGAUAUCUCAGCUGCAGACUUGUCCCUUGGACCAAAGCUGUAUCAUUUGGAAAUUGCUUUGGGUCAUUACAAGAAGUGGUCAGUUCCAGAUUCACUUCCCCAUCUGCAAGCCUACAUGAAGAGUGUGUUCUCGUUGGAGUCAUUCACCAAAACUAUGCCACUGACAGAAGAUGUGAUUGAGGGAUGGCGACCAAAAGUCAUGGGUUAAAGCCAUGUAUGACUAGUGACAAAAUCACUAGUUGUAUUUGUUAUGGUUUUUGGUUGUACAUGUGGAAUCUGCUAUCAUCCCUUCCCUUUUUCAAUCACCACUUUUUAGAUGCCAAUAAUGGCCAAACCAUUGUUCUAAUAACAAUUCCUUCACAUCCUCAUGAACUACUACUGUCAUUUGUUGUAUAAAUUUGUCGGUAAGAUGAGCACAACGAUUCUCA